CUCUUUACCAUGCCUGCACCCAUUUCCUCACCCGUCCGAGACCCUAUUACACCUGAGGAGCCAGUGCCGAAGGCCCUCCUUUUCCAGCCCAAGGAGAAUCAACAUGGUCUUCAGAAAUCUCUAGACACCAUCCCAUCAUACCUCUUCCGACUCUACGCUCCGACUUCGGCAGGAUGCACCAACUUCAACUAUGUAGUCUCGUCAGCGGCGACUCGACCCAGCACCUGGUAGACCGGUCGCAAUCAAGAGACAGACCUUCUUCAGUUAGCUAGAGAGAUGGCUGCGGAUAUGCUCUGGAACCACAUGAACUGGAAGGACCUGAAGGAUGACAAUCUGGUGUCUUGGACCACUUCUCUUAUAUUUGCGGUCCAACAUGGGCUUCGCCGGGUAAAGAUGGACCGGGGCAAACCGGACCUCUCUGAUGUCCGGAUCUGUAUCGUCGAUACCCGCGACUUCCCCCGUGGCACGUUCAUAAAAGACUUGGAUAUCCUUGAAGCCUACUCCGACUUGCCAGACAUCCGUUCUUUUCUCAGGCUUCGUCAGAGCCAAUACUACUUUGGCGAAUACUCUCCCAGGGGCGUCUGUAGAUCGCUGGCCGGGCACAGCAUGCCUCUCUGCGACUUCUACUCAGCCUGGGACUCUACGAUAUCGAGCCCCGGCUCCAGUUCGAGCACCACGCCCUGGCUAAACGCAUCAACGAUCUUCGGAACCUCUUUACAGCGCCAGGACGUCAGGAAGGCGAUCUCGAUCGCACAGGGCUGCUUCGGGAGCAGGUUUGCCUUGGUUGUGGCCGCGAUGCUGCUCUCCCUCCGUCCGCGGAAGAGCAAGGAUCGCGUCAUCCUCGAUGCCUUCGGCGCAACAUUUACAGACGAUGAAAUCCGUGACCUCUCGCUUCACGACUUCAGGGUUGAUGGUAAGAGGUUGCCGGAAGUCCAGCAGUUCGCCGAUAUCAUUCGGGAUAUAAGCCAAGAACUUGCUCCUGCCCCUCUGGAAGGACCCGGGGAGCAGCCUGCCCGUGUAGACCGCUGUUCAUAUCCUGACCUGUCAUCCGUUUUGCCUUCUCCCAGCUUAACUGGCGUUGACAAGGUGGUCGUCUCGCUAUCUAAUCUGACUGUAUCGCCAUGA